UUUUUUGAGUACUCUGCACUUAUGGUUUUAUUUAUUUGUUUAUUAUUGAAAAAUGGAAGAACGUGAGCGCUUGUUGGCGCUUAACGUCCAGCGUUUAGUAAAACAUUUUGUUGGUCCAACUGCGAAGCCUGCGGUGUAUCGUUCAUAUGAGAGCCUUGCUUGGAAUCAUAUACGGAACCAUCGUUUCCUGAGCACAAACAGCCAUGCCGUGCGUCGUGAUAUUGAGGGAUUAAUCGAACGCCUUAAUAUGGAAAAUAUGCCCGAAUACGCCUCAACUAUGCAGCAUUUGUGCAAACUAAUGUUGGAGCAUCCUAAAUGGAAGGAUCAUUAUGAGGUGGACGUGCAGUGGUCAAUAGUUGACUUCUUAAUCACAAUGACCUAUCAGCCCAUUCAAAAUAUUCGCAACAAUAGAUUAGAGAUGGAAAAACUUCGUUUAGCAAUACUAGAGGCAGUAAAACCGCCGUUGAAAUCCCUUCCUAAGCCGACUGUAGAGCCGGAUGUUAACUGGGAGGCGCUGCUGAAAGAAGAUUUCUUGUCAUUACCCGCACCCAACGCAAGCAACAGCUCGGAUACAGAAAGCAAUGAUAGCUGCUUUAUUGACGAGUCUGAGAGCAAUGCGAGUGACGAGUUCUCAAGUCCGCCCGCAGUACUGGAUUCGCUGACCAGUUUGAGUCUGAAGGACAUGGCAGAAGUGUAUGAGCUUGCCAUGAACUAUCCACGCGACUCAACCGCCUACGUGCCCAACAGCAAUGGGUCGGGUAGCCGUAAAAAAAACUUUGAUAUAAUGCAGCCCUUGACUCUGGUGCUUAAAACGACCACACCGAGCUCGAAGUGGCACAGAUUACCGCCUUUACCGCAGCUCGAGCCGCCAAAGGAACUUGUACGCAUGGUCAAAGCCAUUCCCCAGCCAGAAAAACUACUGAAGCUUGCCCACUCGUAUUGGUGGCGACCGGAUUUGCAUGUUUGUGUGCAGCAGAACAAUCUGCUACCACUCGCCAACUUCGCGAUUGCUUUCGCCCAAUUUCAGCGCGAGGACUCCUGCCACAUGAUCGACUAUCCACUGCCGAAGACUAUCACCGAGAACUGUAUGCUGCGAGAAAUCAUCUUUAUGUUUUUCAGGCCCGCCAGCUGCUGCUUCUUUAUCGUGGAGAGUGGCCGCAUUACUGUGCGUGAUAAUGUCACCGUGCCCAGCGUAACCGUCACUACUCUCAAUACAACUCUUAAGGAAUGCAUACUGCCUGCUAUGCAAUCCAUGGCAGAAUUGCAGCAUAUGAUUGCCGAGAACACAGUGUUGCCCACAUGCGGCACCCUCGAGUGCUUUGCCAUCGCGCUCCGCCAACUAAUCCAGCCCAUUACCAAGCGACUGCUGAAGUUUGAACGUCGCCUGCUGGACGAUGACGACAAAGCUUCGCUGAUAGCCUUCAUUCUUUAUAUGCGGCACGAUUUCACCCAACUCAACAUACUCUGGCACAUUGCGGAGCAGGUGGUCGUCGACGCGGAGAGCGCGCCGCCUCACAUGCGCAGUUGCUGCCUGCUGUCGCGUCUUUAUAAACAGAUGCGGAUGGGAAGAACGCACCAGAAGUUGGCCACCGCCCUUUUGCUAAGUUCUAUGAAAUUUUACUGCGGCAUCAUGGAUGGGUGGUGGCGUCGAGCAGAACUCGAAGAUUGGCGGAGGGAGUUUAUUGUGGAACGAAUCGAGCUAACCGAUUCUCACAUCAGUAUUAGCCUGCGCCAACUGGAACAAAUCGACCAAGGCAUAACGGUAGGCACUGGGCCCAUUGUGAAGGAGGUAGAGCAAUGCCCCAUGUACCAAGUGCUGCGGAGGCACGCUCUGGAAUCUGCCGAAACACAGGAAUUGCUGGCACGCCUCAAUCGUUUGGGGAACAUGUUGGCCAGCGGACACAAUCUGAAGCAGCGUAAUUUGUACACCGAUCUCGUGGGAGCUGUUUGCGGGGAACUGAACGAAUAUCGCAAUGAUGCCAGCAGUGCAGACCUGCUCCUUCCAACGCAAUGCGACAAGGACAUUUCCAUUCCUGAGGUGGACUGGAGCGGACAGGCGAAAAAAAUGAAUCAAGAGAUGUCCAUUAUAAGAAAUAGGGAGCUGCUGAGCAUCAUCUGUCGCUCGAUAGAGAACUAUGAAGUACAGAAACAGGCGCAGAUGCUGGAGAAGGAAAGGGUGACAUUGGACGACCUGUUGACUGGCAAUGCGUGCGAUUUGUUAGCCUAUAUCGAGCGUUGCACGCCCAUGAGCUUGCUGUUGCAGGAUAUGGUGGUUCGUGUUUUGACGCUGCUAUUGCAGCAUCGUCGCCGUUUCGCUGAGGCCUUCACCAUGCAGCUGUAUCGGGAUGAGCUACAGAUUGGCGAGCACGUGCGUUUCCUGCGCCAUCUCAUGCUGCUGGAGGCCGACUAUCUGGUGUAUCCAUUCUACACGAAUCUCUUCCGCCAGAUAGAGAAGGGUCAGCACUGGGCGCACAGUUCACUGCUCACAAUGGAAUUGUACGAUAUUGUGGCACCCCACUACACCAUGGCGGGCGAGCUGCACCUAGAAUUGGUCUCGAAGGUGCGGGCGAACACAAGUAAAGUAUACGAGGCAGUGGAUGCCAUUGAACUAGUCUACGACAUGGAGCUACCGAUACAGCGCAUCGUUAGUGCUGACAAUAUGGUUCUUUAUAAUAGCAUAUGGCGCCUAAUGCUUAAAGUCAAAUGGGCGGCAUGGAAACUGGAGAAUCUUAAGUUUAUAAGAAGAGCAGACUCUCGCGAUCCCUAUGCCCCACUUGAUCUGCUCGGCUUGACCGUGCGCCGCCUGGAGAUAUUGCGUUUCUGGCUCAUGUACAUCGUCAACAGUCUGCACACACAUCUCUGCACUCACGUGCUGCAGGCCAUGGGCGAGCAGUUCAUGCGCCAGUUGCCCAAGUGCACCAACAUUGGUGAGCUGAGCACGAUGCACAACGAGUAUAUAAACGUGUUAGCCAAGCACUGUCUACUCACGGCCGAAUUCGCAGACUUUCGCAUUGCAUUGGAGCAGCUGUUCCACUUGGUCUUUGUGCUGGACAUGGAGUGGAUCUCUUGUAGUAAUUAUCUGAAUAAAUCUCACGCGCUCACCAUAGAGACAGAUGACAAAAACGAAACCCUAUCGAAUACCAGCCACAAUAACAGCACCCAUGCCAUGGAAUAUUUGGCUCUCAACCAAGUUGUCGAAAUCGAAAUGACUUACAUACGCUGUCACCAGAUGUUGGCCAAGGUGUUGCACAAUCUCGUCUACAAGGGAGAUCAUACGUUUUUAAAUGCCUUGGAAGUGGCCUUGAAUACCAGUGUACCUUAUUAGAGAGGAUCUAUCACCCUAUCAUAAUCUGAAUAUCAUACACAUACACUCCAGUUGCCAUAUGAGCUACCCAGCACUUUGUUAAUUAAUAAAUGUUGACUCAUUGCAUUGUU